GAACAUCUCUCGGUGGAGUAAGAUGCCAGCAGCUUGGAGCCCGAAGCCCUCCCCGGCAUGCAAGGCUCUUCCUGGGGCGGAUCCGAGGCAGGAGACAGGGUGGUGACCUUCAGGGGUCCUUGUAGCCCAGGCACCGGAGACCUGGGGGCUUUAGGGAGAGGAGAGAUGGAAUCCUUUGGGGCCUCUGGAGAAUUCAGGGAAUUGACAAGGAGGCAAACCACCUGCCUCCCUGCCCUGCGCAGGACGGGCUGUCUCCAGCUGGAAUUUAUUCUAUGGCAGCUGAAAAGAUUUUGAGAAAUAAACAGGCAGUGACCCCCCACCCUGCCCUGCCCCGCCGGCACGCCCCGUUUGCUCCCCUCCUCCUGAUGGACUCUGGGAGGUCACUUCCCUCCAGCCUCCCCCAGCUCAGAAGCCUGGUCCUGGCCACCAGCCCUGACCCCUGGACAGCCUCCUUCGUGCGUCCCACCUGCUCCUGAUCCCCGGGGCCCGCCCCCCCCCCACGGCGGGAGGUGCAGUGGGCACCUUAUGGGCACGGCCCAUUCACUGUGCUCCGGGGUCGUGAGCUGUGGCACGGACACCGGGCAGGCUGAGAGGAGGAAGGCGGCCUCGCCCACCUCAGCCUCGCACCUGGACUGACCCCCGUGGACACAGGCAGGAGGGGCCCAGCGAAGCGGAGCGGGGAGCAGGGCGUGCGGCUCGAGGCUGGCUCCCGGCUGGCAGCCGGGGACGGGAGGAGGGGGCAGCUGUCUUCCUGCAGGUCGCUGGCAUGUGCUUCUGCCGUGCAGAUGGGAACACGGCCCCGCACCGCUCCGCCCGCCGCCGCUCCCCGGCGUCCUUAGCUCGGGGAGGUCGGGCUGCCUGCAAGUUGGACACCUGCUCCGCGCGCGCCCGGCCCUUCCCUGGCUGCCUUUCUCCUUGGGGACCCGAGCCGGGAGGGCAGCGUCUCCCGCUCGCUCGGCCUCUGCCGGGCUGCAUUCCACCACACCUUAGGCAGUGGCAGGUCUCGGGCACCCUCCCCCUCCACCCUGCCUCCGUGCCGGUGCCGGUGCCGGUGCCGGAGCCCAACCCUGGGCACCCGCCGUGUCUGCGCCGCCCCUCCUUCCUUCGCCCCGGAUCUUGGCCUGCGCCCUCCCGGCAGAACUGGAGGACUCACCAGUGGAGGGAUGGUAGAAGCAGAGUGGCUGUCAGGUCCCCCGAGGCUGCCGAUUGCGGGACAGAGCUGCCAAAAAGAUGCUGAAGUUUCGGGCUGAUCGGCGGGUCAGCCACCAUGAGAGACGGAACACGUUUCUGCACCCAGUGACGGGACAGAUUCCGGAGGAAAACCACAAAUUCGACUUGAAACUAUCCACCUUGGACAUGUCCAAUAAAGCAGGCGGGAAACGCGUGACCAACAGCGACGUGUCCAAUCACAACAUGGUGUCCGAGGUCCCCGCCGAGCGGCCCAGCAUCCGGGCCACCCGGACCUCCCGCAAGGCCAUCGCCUUCGGCAAGCGUGCCCACUCCAUGAAGCGGAACCCCAGCGCCCCUGUCGCCAAGGCUGGCUGGCUCUUCAAGCAGGCCAGCUCCGGGGUCAAGCAGUGGAACAAGCGCUGGUUCGUGCUGGUGGACCGCUGCCUCUUCUACUACAAAGAUGAGAAGGAGGAGAGCAUCCUGGGCAGCAUCCCCCUCCUGAGCUUCCGGGUGGCCGCCGUGCAGCCCUCGGACAACAUCAGCCGGAAGCACACCUUUAAGGUGACCGUGUGCCGGGUGGACGAGGCCGGGGCCAGUCCCACGCGCAGCCUCUCCCCACAGGCCGAGCACGCUGGGGUCCGCACCUACUUCUUCAGCGCGGAGAGCCCCGAGGAGCAGGAGGCCUGGAUCCAGGCCAUGGGGGAAGCCGCCCGAGUGCAGAUCCCGCCCACCCAGAAGUCGGCACCUCAAGCUGUGCGUCACAGCCACGAGAAGCCGGACUCUGAGAACAUCCCUCCCAGCAAGCACCACCCGCAGACGCCUCACAACAGCCUCCCCAAGCCGGAGCCGGAAGCCAAGACGCGCGGGGAGGGCGACGGCCGUGGCUGCGAGAAGGCCGAGCGGAGGCUAGAGAGGCCCGAAGCCAAGGCUGAGCGCCUGGGGAAAGUCAACGGCGUCCAGGCCGGCCCAGAGUCCACGUCCGAGCCAGGCAGCCCCUACCCCGAGGGCCCAAGGGUGCCAGGGGGUGGGGAGCGGCCCGCCCAGUCCAACGGCUGGCAGUACGGCUCCCCCAGCCGGCCCGGGAGCACGGCCUUCCCGCCCCAGGACGGGGACGGCGGGGGCCAGCGGCAGAGCUUCCCUCCCCGCACCAACCCCGACCGGAUCGCCCAACGCAAGAGCUCCAUGAACCAGCUCCAGCAGUGGGUGAACCUGCGGCGGGGGGUGCCCCCCGCUGAGGACCUGCGCAGCCCCUCCAGGUUCUACUCGGUGUCGCGCAGGGCCCCCGAGUAUUACAGCCCCUACUCGGCGCCGUGCCCCGAGGAUUUCCAGUACUACCCGCCGGGAGUGCGGCCCGACAGCAUCUGCUCCAUGCCCGCCUACGACCGCAUCAGCCCGCCCUGGGCGCUGGAGGACAAGCGGCCCGCCUUCCGCAACGGGGGCGCGCCCGCCUACCAGCUGCGGGACUGGAAGGAGCCCGGCGGCUACGCGCGCCAGGAGGGCCCCGUGUGGCUGUCCAGCCCCUCCCGGCAGACCGGCUUCUACGACGAGCUGGACGCGGCGGGCUCGCUGCGCCGCCUGUCCCUGCAGCCCCGCUCGCACUCCGUGCCGCGCUCGCCCAGCCACGGCUCCUACGGCCGCGCGCGCAUCUACUCGCCCGCGCGCUCGCCCAGCGCGCGCUUCGAGCGCCUGCCCCCGCACGCCGAGGACCUCUACGCCGACCCCGUGGCCUACGUGAUGCGGCGUGCCAUCAGCUCCCCGAAGUAUGAUUACCUGGGAGACAGGCGGCCAGUCCCCGCAGGACUGUUCCCCUACAACUGCCCACCAUCCCCCACGGUCCACGAUAAGAUGGAUGAACUUUUAGACCUUCAGUUGCAAAGAAACCUAGAGUAUUUGGACCAGCAGAUGAGUGAGAGCGAGACGCUCAUCACUAUGGUCAACCGCAUGGUGGAGAAUUCCUCCCCCAGGGCUCAGAUCUUCAUGCAAGUCCCUCCAUACCCAGAAGUCUUCCGGGACAGCCUCCACACCUACAAGUUAAACGAGCAAGAUACAGAUAAGCUGCUGGGCAAACUGUGUGAGCAGAAUAAGGUGGUGAGGGAGCAGGACCGGCUGGUACAGCAGCUCCGAGCGGAAAAGGAGAGCCUGGAGAGCGCCCUGAUGGGGACGCACCAGGAGCUGGAGAUGUUCGGCAACCAGCCCGCCUACCCCGAGAAGCUGCUGCACAAGAAGGAGGCGCUGCAGAACCAGCUCAUCAACAUCCGCGUGGAGCUGUCCCAGGCCUCCACGGCCCUGGCAAAGAGCGCCCACGAGUACGAGAGCCUGGAGACGGAGGUCUCGGCCCUGCAUGAUGACCUCUGGGAGCAGCUUAACCUGGACAAUCAGACUGAGGAGCACAGCCGGCAAAUUCAGAAGGAGAUCUGGAGGAUCCAGGACGCCAUGGAGGGGCUGAGGAAGAACAACCCGUCCCGGGGCACCGACACCGCCAAACAUAGAGCCUCAUCUCUCGCCUCUUCUCUCCCAGGAGGACCGGGCCCCUCGGCCAGCUACAGCUCCAACAGCCCCGCCAGCCCCCUCAGCUCCGCCAGCCUCACCAGCCCCCUGAGCCCCUUCUCGCUCAUGUCUGGCUCUCAGGGGUCCCCCACCAAGCCCGGGGCAAGUGAGGAACCGGGCCCGCCGCGGCCCCCCCUCCCCAAAGCCUACAUCCCCCUGGAGUCUCCUCCUACUGUACCUCCACUCCCUAGCGAGAGCCGCUUCUGGCCGUACCCCACCUCCCCUUCCUGGCACCGCAGUGGCGAGACAGCCAGGGGUCAGCAAAGCAAGAAAGAUGCCCAGCAGACGGCGCCCCCGGACCCCUCGAGAGACACCAGCAGGCUGGAGGCGGAGGCCGAGAAGCAGGCGGCUCUCAACAAAGUUGGAGUCGUGCCCCCUCGGACAAAGUCACCCACCGACGAAGCGGGGACCCCCUCCAGGGUGGUGAGGAGGAACGGCAACGGGCUGGCCAACGGUCUCUCCCCCCGCCAGGAGCGCCCCAAAAGCGCGGUGUUCCCCGGGGAGGGCAAAGUGAAGAUGAGCGUGGAGGAGCAGAUUGACCGCAUGCGGCGACACCAGAGUGGCUCCAUGAAGGAGAAACGCCGGAGCCUGCAGCUCCCGGCCAGCCCGGCCCCGGAGCCCAGCCCCCGGCCCACCUACAAAGUGGUGCGCCGUCACCGCAGCACCCACGAGGUGGACAUCUCCAACCUGGAGGCCGCCCUGCGCGCCGAGGAGUCUGGGGGGCAGGCCUACGAGACGCCCCAGGAGGAAAUCGCCCGGCUACGCAAGAUGGAGUUGGAGCCUCAGCACUACAACGUGGACAUCACGAAGGAGCUCUCCACCCCGGACAAGGUCCUCAUCCCCGAGCGCUACAUCAACCUGGAGCCUGACACCCCGCUGAGCCCCGAGGAGCUGAGGGAGAAGCAGAAGAAGGUGGAGAGGAUCAAGACGCUCAUCGCCAAGUCCAGCAUGCAGAACGUGGUGCUCGUCGGCGAGGGGGACCCGGUGGACGUGCCCCAGGACUCGGAGAGCCAGCUGCAGGAGCAGGAGAAGCGGAUUGAGAUCUCCUGUGCCCUGGCGACCGAGGCCUCCCGCCGCGGCCGCAUGCUGUCUGUGCAAUGUGCCACCCCGAGCCCGCCCACCUCCCCCGCCUCCCUGACUCCACCAGCCAACCCCCUGCCAUCUGAAUGCCCACGGGGUGCGGACAGCAGCCAUGCCAUGCGGGUCUGAGUGGACUGCAAGCCCUGGCCAGUGCCGUGCAGCUCCAGAGAGCGCCCCUCUGAGGUCACCUUUGCUCCGGCCGUCCCCGCGCCUGCCCGCCUGGCCCCUGACCCCUGCGCUCCCUGAGAAUUGUCACUGGGAGCCCACGGGGGCUGGGCUGCUGCCGAGAGCCAUGGACGGACACACGGACAGACGCCUCUGUCCGCUCGCCACGCCCAGUGCGGACUCCUGACCAUGAGCCGUGGACCCGGCCAGGGCCCAGGACAGAAGCAUGGGCACCGCCCUCCUGUCCGAGGCUCCAGCCGUUGGAGGCUGCCAGCUGUGUGCGGCCGGGGUGGCGGUGGGACCACCGGAACUUCCAGAUGGAGAAGAUGCCCCGGGCUCGGGCAGCACGACGGGAGGCAGAGGCGGGGCGAAGACGGCCGCUCCGAAGCCCUCCUGCCCCCGUCCACGCCGCGGCCCGCACCCAGCCCAGCUGUUCCAGGGCAUCGCGCGUCUCGGCUCAUGGGUGCUCCUUGGGGCCAGUGGGACGCCGCUUGAGCCAAAGAGAGGGUGACCAGAGGGGGUGACCGCGGGGCCCGAGGGGCCCUGGUGUCUGUGGGUCGGAGCAGCAGGUCAUUGCGGGUGUGAGGACAGGUCGCGGAGGCUGAGAGGAAGAGAGAGCUCCAGGGAGAGGGAGUGGGGAGGGCUGGCGGGGGAGAGCCAAAGGACACGCCCCCGUGGGAGGGGGAGGAGGAGGAGGAGGAGGAGGAGGAGGGCACUGAAGGGGUGAGGGGUGUCGUUUGGGGGGGAGUUGGAAGGCUCAGUCAGACCCUCAGCCUCCCACCACCUCCCCGAGGACCCCCCUCAGCAGGGCUCAGAGAUGCAAGACGAGGGUGGGUGGUCUGGGAAACGCCCCUUCUCCAUCGGGACCUGGGCUCGGGCCCAGAGAGGGACCUGCUUUCUGUGGGGUGUCAGCCUGAAGGCCUCAGGGGACCACUGGGUGGCACACCUCUGAGCUCCCUCUGCCCCCCGAGUGUGCCCCGAGCUGGGAGCCUGGACUCCUGAGCCCCGCCCUGGGCACCCCAAGAAGGAACCGGAAGCUGAUGAACUGGCUCCUGGCUCGGCCCUGCGGCACGCCCUGACCAGGGCAGCAGGCGGGAGCAGCACCCACCCUCGCCCCGCUGCACCCCCGGGAAACGAGUGUGGCCGGAGGAGGUGGCGGCCCCAGCGCGGGCAAGGCCAGCUGUACCAGCCGCCCGCGCCCUCUGCUUCCUCCCCCAGGGCCUCUCCCCAGCUCCUCGGCUGACGCACAUCUUGGACGCACCGGGCACUGUUCUAGGUGCCUCGGAUAUCCCCAAGGGGCGCCAGGCGGGGCUCCCACUAGCUUCAGUCCCCCGUAGCCACAGUCCCCGUCUCCCACCCAGCCCGACACCCCGGCUCUGUGCUAGCUCCCCCACAGGCGGGCAGGGGGGAAGGACUGCCCGGCCACCCCCUCUGCCCAGCCUUUUUCCAUCCGCCAGAAACAGAUUUAGGGGGGGUGGGGUCCACCGCCUAUCCCUUUCUUUGUCUUUCCUUUUUUUUAAGUCAUAUUUUUAGAGAUACCUGUGGAGCACCAGGGACCCUGUCUGCCCCCCAGCCCCCUCCACCGUGUUUCAUAAAGCUGGCUCUUUAUGUUGCUUUACAUGCCUUAAUAUAUGUUGAUGGUGGUUAUACAUAUUAUAGAUCUAUAUGUAAUAUA